GUGGCGGCAGUGCAUCCGGCAAGACUACCGUGGCCAACAAGAUCAUUGAAGCUCUGGAUGUGCCUUGGGUGGUGUUGCUCUCCAUGGACAGCUUCUACAAGGUGCUGAACAAGGAGCAGCAGCACCAGGCCGCCUACAACGAGUACAACUUUGACCACCCCGACGCCUUCGACUUUGACCUGCUGAUCAGUGUCCUACGGAAGCUCAAAGAGGGCAAGAGUGUCAAGGUCCCGGUGUAUGACUUUACCACACACAGCCGGCGGAAGGAGUGGAAAACUGUUUAUGGGGCCAAUGUGAUUGUGUUGGAAGGGAUCCUGGCAUUUGCCAACAAGGAGCUUCUCCAGCUCCUGGACAUGAAGGUGUUCGUGGACACGGACUCGGACAUCCGGCUGGUCCGGCGGCUGAGGCGGGAUAUCGUGGAACGUGGCCGGGAUGUGGCCGGUGUCAUCAAACAGUACAGCAAGUUUGUGAAGCCAGCCUUUGAGCAGUACAUUGAGCCCACGGUGCAGGCCGCGGACAUCGUGGUGCCCCGAGGUGGGGAGAACUUUGUGGCUCUGGACUUGAUUGUGCAGCACGUGCACAGCCAGCUGGAGAAGAGCAGCCUUGGCCUCGGCCCACCAGGGGCAGCCGCUGCCCAAGGGCCUGAGUGUCCUGGAGAGCACCCCGCAGGUCCGGGGGAUGCACACCAUCAUCAGGAACAAGGAGACCAGCCGGGACGAGUUCAUUUUCUACUCCAAGCGCCUGAUGCGCCUGCUGAUCGAGCACGCCCUCUCCUUCCUGCCACUCAAGCCGGUGACCGUGGAGACGCCGCAGGGGACGGUCUACGAGGGGAAGCGGUUCCACAGGCAGCGGAUCACGGGGGUCUCCAUCCUGCGCGCAGGCGAGACCAUGGAGCAGGCCCUCACGGCCGUCUGCAAAGACAUCCGGCUGGGCAAAAUCCUCAUCCAGACGAAUCACGACACAGGGGAGCCGGAGCUGCACUACCUCCGCCUGCCCAAGGAGAUCAGUGAAGACUACGUCAUCCUUAUGGACAGCACGGUGUCCACUGGAGCGGCUGCAAUGAUGGCCGUGCGGGUGCUGCUGGAUCACGACGUGCAGGAAGACAAGAUCUUCCUGCUCUCACUGCUGAUGGCAGAGAUGGGGGUCCACUCCGUGGCCUACGCCUUUCCCC